UCAUGAAAAAUUAACAUAAGUGGAAAUAAAAACAAAACAUAUAAAAAUAUCAAUUUAAUCAUCAGUUAUAAAAAAGAUUUAAAAGAAAUACAAAGAUUUGAAACUAAAUAAAAAAUGUCUAAAUACGAAACGCAAAUUUGUCGCGAACCUUCGCCGUUUUAUCAAAAUGAUAAUAUAUUUUAUAACAAUAGUUAUCGUUUAAUGGAUAUGAAUGCAAUUGAACAUACAUGGAAUACACCAUCUUAUUGUGCCGACACUAAACAUCAUACUUCCCAUCACCACAAUAUCCAUCAUCAUCAGCAAUCACCACAGGACUGUUGUCAAAAUGUCGCAACGACGACCACAACAACGUGUACGCUGACCGCAAAUAUCAAUGCAAACAAUUACUAUCGAUCGCCCAGUUAUUGCCCUGCAUCGUCAUCGGAUCUGGAAGAUGUGGAGAGUCAGUUUCAUGAUAGUCUUUUCCCGAAUGACUCGCCCAAACCCCAUACGAUUUCUGCCCCUGCACCGGUUCGUGUUGUAAAAAAAAGAAAUACAGCAAAUAAGAAAGAACGACGACGUACACAAAGCAUAAAUAAUGCAUUCUCCUGUUUACGUGAUAAAAUACCAAAUGUUCCUUCGGAUACAAAACUAUCGAAGAUAAAAACUUUAAAAUUGGCCAUACUCUAUAUACGAUAUCUAGUCGAAGUUCUGGAUGGUGAUCAAGAUCCAAACAGUGGUUUUCGUGCUGACCUAAAGCCAUUGCAUCGCAAAAAUUCCCACGAAAAGAGAGCGUACAUCAGAAAUGAAGCAACAAAGUCUGCAAAUCGUCAAAGUAAAGGAAGAACUGGUUGGCCACAAGAUGUUUGGGCUUCCGAACUUAUUCCAGAGCAAGAGUAAUUAAUACAUACAUACGUCGAAAAUUCCCUACAAUGGUUCUGAUAUUGUAUACAUCUUAAAACCUAUGGAUUCCUUAAUUUAUUAUUCCUUAAAUAAAAAAGAACAAAGUCUCGUAGUUUUAAAACAA